CACCAACAGACCCACUCCCACGCCCAGAGUCAACUGCCAUCCCAGCAUCACAUGACCAACCAGCAGCAGCAGACCUCUGUCCCGUCUCCGGGCUCUACCUGCUCCUCCACCUCUGGACAGCAGCAGCACUCUCCACCACACCGACCCAACCAGUCGCCGGCACGCAGCCUCCCUUCUCCCGUCACCCCACCCAUGCCUUUGUCGCUGAAUCCUCUGGCCAGCCAGGCGGCGGUAGCAGCAGCAGCAGCAGCAGCAGCCAUGGGUUCAAUCGCUGGUUCUCAGGUGUUUGGCAACGCCCUGUCAAACCUGCAGGGAGCCACCGGGCAGCUGGUCACCAACGCACAAGGACAGAUAAUUGGAACAAUCCCACUGAUGCCCAACUCUGCAGGGCCCUCCAGCCAAUCAGGGGGUGGCAACCCGGCACUGCAGGUACAGCCAAUUACACCUCAGCUUCUGACCAACGCUCAAGGCCAGAUCAUCGCCACAGUGAUCGGCAAUCAGAUUCUGCCUGUCAUCAACACCCAGGGAAUCACACUGUCACCAAUCAAGCCUGGACAGCAGCUGCCUCAGGCUCAGCAGAGUCAGACCGGCCCUGUAUCGUCUCAGCCCAACCUGCUCCACAUGCCCCACAGACAGAGUCCUCUCCACCAGGCCUCUUCCUCCUCCUCCACCUCCUCCUCUUCCUCGGCUCUCAGCGUGGGACAGCUAGUCAGCAACCCACAGACCGCCCCCAGCGAGGUGGACGGGGUCAACCUGGAGGAGAUCCGUGAAUUCGCCAAAGCAUUCAAGAUCCGCCGGCUGUCGCUGGGCCUGACGCAGACCCAGGUGGGCCAAGCGCUCAGCGCCGCCGAGGGGCCGGCUUACAGUCAGUCCGCCAUCUGCAGACACACCAUCCUGAGAAGCCACUUUUUCCUACCACAGGAAGCCCAAGAGAACACUAUAGGUAGCAGUCUGACAGGCAAACUGAACCCUGGCCUUUUAUAUCCUGCCAGGUUUGAGAAGUUGGACAUCACCCCUAAAAGCGCCCAGAAGAUUAAGCCCGUUCUGGAGCGCUGGAUGGCCGAGGCUGAAGCCCGCCACAGAUCCGGCAUGCAGAACCUGACUGAGUUUAUCGGCAGCGAGCCUUCAAAAAAACGCAAGCGGAGGACCUCUUUCACCCCGCAGGCGCUGGAGAUCCUCAACAGCCACUUUGAGAAGAACACGCACCCCUCCGGACAGGAAAUGACGGAAAUAGCCGAGAAGCUGAACUAUGAUCGGGAGGUUGUGCGCGUCUGGUUCUGCAACAAGAGACAAGCGUUGAAAAACACAAUAAAGCGUUUGAAAUCGCCCGAACUCGGCGCGGCCGCACCAAUGGACCCGCUCACCGAUUCUCUAGAGGAGCUCCCGAAGUGAACCAGGCCCUCUGACACCGGGGUAAAAUAAAAAAAAAAUUGGAGCGGAGAUGUGGCUGCCAUUUAGAAACAAGAAGAGUGGGAUGAACUCUCGAGAACUGAAAUCUGUUCCCACUUACCUGGAGUGGACAGUGAUGAGUUUGCAAACAAAAGCUAUGUGUUGUCAGUGUGAUUACCACAGUUGUGUAAAUGACCUUGGCGAAACCAAAAAGAAGAAAAAAGAGAUUAAUAUGUGAGAAUUAUGUAAAAAAAAAAAAAAAAAAACUACAGUGUGCUGUUUUCAAAGAGUUUUAGAUUCUGGCCUUUACGGACCAGACUGUCGCCCAAAUUUUUUGGUUCCUACCAGGAGGGAUUUAAUAAAGAGAUCAUACCAAAUCAAAACACUAUUUACCAAAGUCUGUUGCAUCUGAGUACUAAGAAUAAUUUUGUAAUGUAAAUGUGCUCUAAAUUUUUACAUUUGUACUGGCAAAUCUAAGCUAUAUGUGUGAGGUUGAGUAAUACAUUCUAUCUUUGUCUCGCUUACUUUUUCCUUCAUUGUUUGUAUGUAAAUAUCUAAAACUACAAAAAAACAAGAAAAAAGAAAAACGCUGUCUUCAAAUUGAAAUCAUGCCGAUAAAAGUUUCUUUUUUUGGGAUGAAAAAAAAAAUUACCUUGGCUGUUAAACAAAUUGCAUAAUAAUGUCGUUUUUGCCUCCGAUUUGUGUUUCACCUGCAGAUAUUUUCAGUGGAACUUUGUACGACUUUUACAGGUAUUUAUUAAGGAUCAACACGCGAUUGUUUUCCAAGGACGAAAUUUAAUGGACUGUCACAUGACGAUGAAGAGGAGGGGGGAGGGGGGAGGAGGAUGAGGAAGAGGAGAAGGGUUUCGGUGUCUGUGCGGUCGACUGCAGCUUUAUUGUUUUGAGCUAACGUGUCAUUCUGUUGCCAAAGCCUGAAAGCCAAAGAACACAUUCAGCUCAAGGACUGGGGAACGAUUUUAAACGUUUUAUUCAUUUGUUCAC